AUGACCGAUCCAAAGAAGGUCUUCUCGCUCGAAGGCAAGGGCUUGAAGCUGACCACAGCCGAGGACUUGGAGCCUCACAUCAAAGACCUGAGGGCUUUGGAAGACUUGCAGGAGAUAAGACUGCUUGGAAACACCCUGGGAAUUGGCGCUUGUAAGCUCCUAGGAGAAAUACUGGCUACCAAGAAGUCGUUGCAGGUAGCAAACCUUGCCGACAUCUUCACCGGCCGCCUCCUGAGCGAGAUCCCCGAGGCCCUAUCCUACUUGCUCACGUCCAUCCUCAACCUGCCGAACCUCCAUACGAUAAACCUGAACGACAAUGCCUUCGGCCUUAACACCCAAGCGCCGCUUGUCGCAUUCCUUGCUGCACACGUGCCCCUUCAACACCUCUACUUGAACAACAAUGGUCUUGGCCCUCAUGCAGGUAUCCUUGUCGCCGAUGCGCUGAGUGAGCUCCAUGGGAAGAAGGAGGCGGCGCGCAAGGAAGGAAAGACGGUACCCGACCUGGAGACUGUCAUCUGUGGGCGCAACCGUUUGGAGAACGGCAGCAUGACAGCAUGGGCCAAGGCUUUCAGCCUCCACAACAAGAUCAAGGAGGUCAAGAUGGUACAGAACGGCAUUCGCCAGGAGGGUAUCUCGCAUCUCCUCAGCAACGGCUUGAACAACGCCUCUGGCUUGGUCACACUGGACUUGCAGGACAACACGUUCACGCUAAUGGGCGCAAAAGCCCUCGCGAAGGUCACGCCGACCUGGAACGAUUUGAAAGAGCUCGGAAUCGGAGAUUCGCUCUUGGGCGCCAAGGGCGGUGUUCUCCUUGGUGAGGCUCUUGCUCAAGGCAAAAACAAGAACCUGGAGAUUGUGCGCCUGCAAUACAACGAAAUUACCUCCAAGGGCGUGGCAAGCCUGGCCAAGGCUGCGAAAGAAGCCCUCCCGGCACUCAAGAAGAUCGAGCUCAACGGAAACAAGCUCAGCGAGGACGAUGAGGGCAUUGUUCUCCUGCAAGAGCUCCUGGAGGAGCGCAAGGAGAAGAUUGGCGGCGACAUCGUCAUCGAAGACGACUGGGGUCUGGAUAGUCUGAGUGACCUUGAGAGUGAGGACUCUGAAGAGGAAGAGGAAGAGGAGGACGAGGAGGAGGACGUCGGGCCUGAGGAGCGGGCCGAGAAGCUGGUCAAGGAGGCCGAAGAGGCUCAAGAGGAACCCGUUAUCCAGCAAAAGGACAAGGAGGUGGACGAUCUGGCCAAGAGUCUGGAGAAGACUUCGAUCUAG